AGUAAAUCAACCAAUCACAGUUCAAACAUUCUUAUUAUGUUAGAAUGUUUGAUUGUGAUUGGUCAAUUUUCUUACGGUCUUAUGAUUACGACUAAAAUUUUUUAACGUGCAAUGGCCUUCAAGAUGCUUCGAAGCAUUACAUUAACCAAUCAGAAUAAAGAAAUUUUCACUCUCAAUCAAACGCUUCGAAGCUUUUCAAGCGUCUUCCCGACCGCAGCCAGAAAGAAGAGGUUCCCAUCUCAGGAUUACCAGGUCGCUUCUCUCUGCUGGUUAUAUCAUUCACUCAUAUGGUUGUUUUUUUCUGAAUAAAACCGUUAUUAAAUAUUGUCAAUGAAAGGCAUAAUUGAUUCGUAUGAAUAGCGAGCAUGGCUCAUCGAAUUCUCCGAAGAUAUCCUAGAACGACGGUAAAUCAUUUCCUGGAAGUAGUGCAAAAGUUUGAGUAUCUACUGGUAAUGGACUUUGAAGCUACAUGCGACAGACACACAGUGCUCAAGCCGCAAGAAAUCAUAGAAUUACCGUGUGUAUCACUGUCUACCAACGAUUGGAAGAUAAAGGAUACGUUUCACGCCUAUAUUAAACCUAGAAUCUAUCCCAAGCUCACACCAUUCUGCACAGAAUUGACAGGAAUUAUGCAGGAGAUGGUGGACAACCAACCUUGUUUCGCGGAUGUGUUCUCGAGAUUCCGCGAGUGGUUAAUCGAGGGAAAAUAUUUUGAAAACACUGAUAAAAGUUCGUUUGUAACAUGUGGCAAUUGGGACCUAAAAGUGAUGCUACCGAAUCAGUGUAAUUUAGACAAUAUUACAUUGCCAGAUGAAUUCAAACAAUGGAUAGAAUUGAAACAUACGUUUUGCGACUCUACUGGGUAUUAUCCAAGGAGUUUAAAGGACAUGCUAGUGCGAUUAGAUCUUCCGCUACAAGGGCGUUUACAUUCAGGCAUUGAUGACGUGAAAAAUAUAGUUUCCAUAAUACAAGCUUUAAAAGAAAAAUAUAAUACACAAUUUAAAAUUACCUCAUCAUUAACAAGUUCUACACUAGGUUUAAGCAAUCAUGAGCGGAGUAGCAUAACAAUAUAAAAAAAAGAAUCAGUUUGUUAA